ACUAUGAGGACAAUAAUAAUCUAUCUACAGAAUGGUCUAUAGACUUUACCCAAGAUCAAACUAAUAUAAGUUUGCCAAGUGUUUAUAAUAAUCCAUCCAUAGAAUGGCCUAGAGGAUUUAAUCAAGAUCAAAUUAAUGAUAAUCUACCUAUAGAAUUGUCUACAAACUUUACUCAAGAUCAAAUUAAUAAAAGUUUACAAAACAUUUAUAAUAAUCCACCCGUAGAAUGGUUCGCAGGCUUUAGUAAAAAUCAAACUAAUAAUAAUCUUUCUACAGAAUGGACUAUGGAUUUUACUAAUAAUAAUCCGUUUAUGGAAUGGAAUGCAGGCUUUACUCCAUAUCAAACUAAUACAAAUUUGCUAAAUAUUAAUAAUCAUUCGGUUAUAGAAUUACCAGCAGGCAUUGCUCAAAACGAUGGGAAUCAAAUUAAUCAUAAUCUAUCU